AUGGGCCAAGCAGGCUCCCAACUCCUCUCGGACAUCGAGGCAACCUCGAACUUCAACUCCAAAGAGAUCCAGCGGUUGAAAAAACGCUUUAUGAAACUCGACCGGGACGGAUCCGGUUCCAUCGACAAGGACGAAUUCUUGCAAAUCCCGCAGAUCGCUAACAACCCAUUGGCGCUGCGACUGAUCGCCAUCUUUGACGAGGACGGAAGUGGAACUGUGGACUUUCAGGAGUUUGUCGCCGGUCUCUCGGCUUUCUCCAACCAAGGGAGUCGCGAGGAGAAGCUCAAAUUCGCCUUCAAGGUGUACGAUAUGGAUCGGGAUGGAUUGAUCAGUAACGGAGAGCUGUUUUUGGUGCUCAAGAUGAUGGUGGGUAACAAUUUGAAGGAUCAACAAUUGCAACAGAUCGUGGAUAAGACCAUCAUGGAGGCGGAUACCAAUGGAGAUGGGAAAUUGGACUUUGAAGAGUUUCAAGCGAUGGUGGCGAAUACGGACGUGGCCAAGCAGUUGACGUUGGAGGAUCUGUUCUGA